ACUCGGCUUUCUUCGGGUCCUCUCCUGUCUCCUCUCCCGCCCGUCUCCUCCGCCACCGCCGGAAUGGACCCCCCGCUUCAGAACCCAUCCGUCAGUAGUAUCACCCUUUCCCGCGACUCCACAGCCGCCGCCGCCGCCGCCGCCGCGUUCGCGGCGCCCCCUCCGCCGCAGCCUCCACAUCGUCACCGCGUGCCUCUCAUCAAGGCUGCACUCGACCACCUCUGCCAUGUCGCCACCAACCUUGAUAUCAUGUUUAUCGACUUCUCUCACAAACUUGCUCAACAUUGCAUACAGGUAAGGUAAUCAGUACUCCCAAUUAAGCACUCCCGAGUCAAUGCAAUUCAUAAUGACCCAGUUACAGAAUGUACUUCUGCAUCCUUGCUCUUGUGUCUAAUAAACGUAAAUCUGUCACUUGUGUUCUGUUUAAUCUAUCUACCAAAUUUCUCUGACCCUGAGUGUUCACAACGCCACUGAUUCGCAGAGACAUUUGAUACCAUAACAUACAGUUUCAGACUUCAACCCCCCUCUGUCGAACUGGUACUCACUGGUCUAUUUUGCUACUAUAGUUCCUUUUUUUCCUUCUUAUUCUGGUUUUAGAUAUUGGUGGACUGUGCUGAAGGAAAUAAUCUAACAAUUGCAAGUGCUGCUGGCAAUGGUAAUGAAACUGGAGGUUCUCAUAUGAUGCCAUCCAUUUAUGUGUAUAUUUGCUUGGCCUUUCUAAAGAGGGAGCCAAAGCUGCGAUGUCUGUAAACUGCAUGACAGUUAUUAUCUGGAAUGGUCCCAGCAUCAUAUUCAACCAGAUGUUCUAGGAGUAUCAUUUUUAUUCUCGCAGCCUCCAUGAUGAAUCCAUGAUCAGUGUUAUGCCAUCUGCUCAGAUCACUGAUUUCCAAGGCUCUGAAAAAGAAACAUUUGUUUAGAUUGGAACCAAUAGGCUAUUACCAAGUCUACAACUGAAUGAAACAAGGUGCAGAUUUGGUCACUGGAUCUUAAAGCAGAUCUGCAACUUUUGGAGACAAAUCCAUGACCUGCUUCCAAAAAAUAAACUACCAGGCUUACCCAUAGCCAUAAGUAGUCUCAUGAGAGUGUUAAAUGAAAAAGCUUGUGGUUCUGUUAUGCCUCUCUCGGCUGGUCAGACAAAGCAGUCCACCAAUGGUAAAGAAAUCCCAGCUGAAACUAAAGAAGGGUCUGUACAAGUUAAGAUAGGUGAAUCAUGCUCAUUUAUUUUCUGGUCUUAAGUUAGCAUGUUCUUCUCGUCCUCCCAUCCCUAGAGUAUGGAGAUUUCUUACACUAGUCCUGACUACUGAGGACAAGUAUCCUAUCAGGACUACUGACAUCCUAGAUAAUGCUAAGGCUUAUACUAAAUAUGACACUCGCUCCACCUAUUGUGAGAGGGCGGAUCAGGUGUCACUGGAUCAUGAAACUCCUUCUGUUUCUGAUCCUUGCCUCGAGGAUAAGGGGUGUAGACAAGCCUGAUACACUCCAGUUGGUUCUGAGGCUUGCCGAGGUACUACAGAAUCGUUGGGGUGCUCUGUAGAGAUGAUGACACCCCAUUAAAUAUUUAAAUCUCACAACUGUUGUCUGUUGAGUAGUUAUUUAUAAGGGUGCUGCACUGCUGCAGCAACAAGUUAGUGAACAUAAAACAGAACACGAUAUUGCACAGAUUAUGAGGGAUAAUGUUAGACCCAAACUCUAAGGUAACGAUGCUUCUUUUUACCAAAAAUGUUAUUCUUAAUCUUGCCGAGAUACUACAUAAUCUUUGGGGUGCUCUGUAGGUUACAGAGAUGAUGACACGCCAUUAAAUCCCACACUGCUGUUGAGUAGUGAUUUAUGAAAGGGCGUUGUACUGCAACAAGUUAGUAAACAAAAACAGAACACAUUAUGCAUGAAAAUGUUGCACAGAUUAUAAUGUCAGCUCGAAGUUAUUCUUGCGCUGGUGGCAAGGUUGAGAUCGCAGGCAAGUGAUGAAUUUGUGACAUGACUACAUUUGCAGAUUACUAUUUUCUGCGAUUCUUUUUUUAUUUGUACUUUCUGUUGUUCAGAACCCCUUGAGCUCGAUAUAGUGGUCCGUCAAUUCCUUUUCAUGCUUGUGCCGAUGUCAAAAGUAUUACCCAGAUGAUACAAUAUGUACCAUAUUAUCUUCUUUCUAGAAGAAAAUGACAAUUGAAGGGACACACGCUCCUUUAUGCCUUUGGAUUAAGAUUAUGAUAAGUAAUUUUCUGAAAAACGGGGACACUUUUAAAAUAAAGGAAAUUUGGUUUUAUUACAAAUAUAACAACAGAAAAUGAUAUUUUAUGCCUACCUUCCAAAGUCUGAUGUCUUGUUGGUUUUGCAGAAAAGCAAAGACAAAAACUCUGCAUAGUCCAGCUUAUCUUCCCUUUUUGUGCUUUUUUGAAUCUUUGCCUUACAAGAAGAAAGGUGCAAAGUAAGGGUCUCAUCAAAUCUUUCUAUCGUAUCUUUUGAUUUGAAGUGUGCUGAAUAAUGCUAACCUAUGUUUAUGAUGAGUCCUGUAUCAGGUGUUAUUUCGGGAUUAUAUAUACCAGUGCUGUCAACCUCAUGAGAUGAGAGCUGUCACAUGAUUUCGUGUAUAUUAUAUUGAUAGAGAUACUAUUGCUAAAUAGAACUGUAUGACAUGAUGCUCUACAUGUGCAAUGGUCUAUUGUCGGCAAAGUAACUUUGGUGUAUGCAUAAAUAAAAGCCCUUUCCUUCAAAACACUCCACAUUAUGCCUCAAUUGGAGCAGGUUCUUCCUUUUUGAAACAGAAAUAGAUGUACCUGCAUGUAAAUCACCAAUGGCUUCCAAUAUGCUAAUUUGCAGAAUCUUGGGCUUUGUUGUCUUGUUUUCCUCCUAAUAAGGAUACCAGAGCAGUAAAAACUAUGUUGGCAACCUCUAGGAAAGAUGUGUGGCGAUAGGCUUUUGGGUUAUUGUCCUAUAGUCAGAUUAUGAUUUUUGCAAACUAAGAAAAUUUUUGCUUAAUUUUUCUGGAGGGUAUAUCAACUUUUUUUUCAAGUUUCUAUCACACAUGGACAAAAUAUAGUGUCCAAAUGGCUCAGAUGCGAAUAUAUAGCUUUGAGUGCAUGACAUCCAAAAUAUCGGAUAGACGUGCUUCCAUGUUGCUCAAAGUAUGAUGAUGAAUUUAAGAUAUUAAGAUCAACCAGCUUCGAUCUUCUUAAAUGCCUUUCUGGAAACAGAUUCACUCGGAUGUGUAAUGAUCUCAUAUUUUUCUCUCCUUUCUACUCUGUAUUUAUAGUUGUAUAAUUUUGUGGACAACACUGAACAGCAUGUUCUUUCAAAAUCAAAGUACAAAAGGAAAAGGACGUGUGAAUUUAGAGUAGUAAUUCCAGUGGAAUUGAUGUGGAAAAGGUUGCAGAUACCAUGACAACAAUAAAAGGCCUCUCGCCCACAGAUGCACCCAAGGAAGGUGUGGGGGCAGGACCGGAAUCAUUUCUCCAAAUCAUGCACGCCACUAGAUAGAGAAGUCUUAUCAGUCUUCAUCAAUGUGGUCUCAUUCUGGCAAAUCUAAUGACAUUUGAAGUGACUUGAUGAAUGUACCUGACUUCAUGUACAGAUCAAUAGUCAUGUACCUUAGAUGUCCCAUAGGAUCGAAUUUACUCAUAUUGCAAACCUUUUUAAUACUUAAAUCCUACUCCCUCCAUUCCAAAUUACUCGUCGUAGAAAUGGAUGUAUCUAGAACUAAAAUACAUCUAGAUACAUUCAUACCUGCGACAAGUAAUUCGGAACGGAGGGAGUACUUCCUCUGUUCCAAAUUAUAGGAUGUUCUAACUUUUUUCUGAAUCGAAUGUAUAUAGACGUGUUUUAGUGUGUUUGUUCACUCAUUUCAGUCCGUAUGUAGUCCAUGUUGAAAUAUCCAAAACAUCUUAUAAUUUGGAACGGAGGUAGUAAUUCUUGGUAUAAUUCCAUAUCUAUCUAAUCUGCUGUUCAUUUCUGUAAAUUCAUAAAGCACAUCAACUAAACAAUUAUUGCAUCUCCACUCAUGCUGUAGUGGUGUGACUAUUUUUUUGUAGGCGACCUACUUGAAGAAAAGUAAAAUCUGUGUGCACUGUGCAUUAUCCUAAUCGUCCCACUUAUUCUCAUUAUCUUGUCCAUUGACAGGCACCACGUCACUGCCUCGGUGAAAGGCUCGCCCCGCCUGUGAUCCUCUUGAUGUUUCUCUCGAUGCACUGAGAUGUCAAUGAUUGCGGUUGUGAUGCUACUCUUGUUGAAAUCUUUGCAGGUUGCAAGGAAAUCAUGGCAACUGUUGGGAGUAAACAAUCGUAGCAUUUUGCUGUGUACGUCGAAGGCAGAUGAAUCUAUAUGCAAUGCUGUGGCCUGGUGCCCUUUGACUUUAUCUUGUCGGUUGGCUAAGCCCACUUGAAGGUUGGCAAGCUCGCGUUGUCAGGCUAUGUCAACGUGAUACGCAAUUCCUGAGUGGGCUACGUACGGGUCCUGGGUCCAUAGCAGCAUAUUUUGUGUCCAAUAGAGGCUUAAAACAACACAGAUUCUUGUGGGGCUCUAUCUAAUAGGCUGCAAUGUUCAAAGGUGGUAUCAUUCUUCCCAACCGAAAUCCUGCGAGAUGUCACUUUUGAAGGUAAUCAUAGUAGUGGACGAAGUCACAUCAGGUGCUCUCUUUGGGACUUGCAUUUUUAGCUUCUAAUCACCAUUCCUGGGAAGUUCCUGCGCAUCCCCCCCCCCCCCCCCCCCCCCCCCCCCCUUUUAAUUUAAAUAUGAUGUUUAGUUUCAUCAUCUCUUUGCCUUUGUGCUCGUGCUCCCCAUUGCUGCAACUAAGAAAUGAUUAGCUUGGACUCAGCCAAAAUACAACUAAGAAAUGAUUAGCUUGGAAUGAGCCAAAAUACAUACUUACCGAUACUCCUGACCCUGGUUCAUGGAACAAAGUGGUAGGACCUGUUGUUGAUGUGUAGUCAGUUGCAAGUUGAGCAUAGUGCCUGUAGAGGUGCUGAGAAAAGGCACAUCUCCUGGUGUGCUGGGGCAUGGUUUAAGGAUUCCGGUGGAAAAGUGGGAGAUUUCCCAACUUGCUCAUGUCUCCUUGAAUUGUCUUAACACCCAUUGCUAUGCAGCGGUGGUUGCCAGCUUAUUUUACCAUUAUCACUACAUAAAUAUUUUCCAUUUGUGCUGUGCAUUCAUAAUCGAUUGAGGUUCUCAUCCUCCGUGCCCUGUUCAUAACACGGAGAAAUCAUAUAUGCUUGCCAGCUUGUUUUUCUGUUGUGGUUUGUGGCAAUGGUGGAUGACACUCAUUUGCGAGGUCUGGUCGUGCUGCAAAUGAUGGUAGAGUUUUAACAGUGCGUCUGCAAGACUGCAAGUAGCUAGGAAGAUGGCACCAGCGAGAUAGAUUUGUGCUACGACUUCCCUUUAUGGUUGGAGUCAUGUAGAAUGGACUUUGGGUUGGCAUUCUGCAGUUUCUCUGGCUACUGUUUGAUUGAGCAUGUGGCUCAGAUGACCUUGUUAGUGCCAUCAGCAAUGUAAUGCUUUUACCAUGGACGGCUUCCCUGCCGUCAUGGGAAAUCUCGAGUUGAUGUCUCGUGUCAUCGUGAAUCCGAUUUGAGGCGAGAGUUGACUUGCUUGGCCGGCGGGUAUAAAUACAUGGCCGCUGACACACACGUCAGUCAUUCAUCGCUCGCUCUUACGCACACACAUACACACGCGCGCGCACUAGGCGAUGUAUCAUCAUCACUCCUCCUCUUCUUCUUCCUAUACUUGUCAGGGAAGCAAUGGCUUCCUCCCCUCCCAACCGUCAGCGUCGAGCUACGGUGAUCUGUUGCAAGCAGAGCAGCACUGCUACUACUACUCCCAGCAGCAGCAGGGUCAGGCGCCGCCGUUCCGCCAUGUGCUGAGCACGGGAGACCUCGGGGCGCCAACGCCGGCGCCGGCAGCAGCAGCGGCUGGGAGGUACACCACGGAGGAGCGGCGGGAGCGCAUCGAAAAGUACAGGAGCAAGCGCAACCAGCGCAACUUCCAAAAGAAGAUCACAUACGCUUGCCGGAAGACCCUCGCGGACAGCCGGCCGAGGGUGAAGGGCCGCUUCGCGCGCAACGUCGACGACGAUGCAGUCGCAGGUCAGCCGGAGUUCACAGCGGCGGAGGUGUCCUCGAUGAUGAGCGAAGCCAACGUUGUCGUGGGUGCCACGGCCGCCGCCGCCAGCAGCAGCAGCAGCAGCAUGCCGGAGUGGUGGCCGGCAAUGCAAGGCGCGCUGGCCAUGGAGGACGAUGAGCUUUACAUCGCCGUCUCCUCCAUCAACCUCUACUAGCUAAGCUUGCUAGAGGCGGACCGGAUCACCUCCAACCGUGCUCGUUGCACUUGUUUUGUGUCCCAUAUCCUGUUGCAUCAACUAAAACUACGACGCCCUAGUUCGUAAUGUUUAGAGGCGGACCGGACACCUUCUUCUUCUUCUUUAUUAGUUGGAGUGCCUCAUGCAUCCUCUGCAACUAAAUGUAGUACGCACGUACUAGUAAUUUUUACGGAGUGUUCUUUUUUGUU